AUGUUUAAGAGGUUGGCCAAGCAGCUUAUCCAAGAAGUGGACUCAGAUGGAAAAUUGAUUCCUGUGAGCAGCCUGGCCCAGAAUGAUGGCUUUCAGCUUCUCUCUUUGGUGACUAAAAAACAACAUAAGUAUAGGUGGCCUUGGAAUAGUAGAAAGUAUUCCCCAACCUCUUUCAAACUGGCAGACAUACUCCAAGAAGAAGCAACAAUAGAAAUAGAACUGAAACAUUCCGAGCCACUUUUAUUUUCUGCUAACACAUGCUACAAAUCUGGAGGACGGCUGAACUUUAAGAUACGGUCUGCAGAAGUGGAUGUUGGUGGGUUGGCCUUGGCUUGCUUGAAUGCCACUCCAGUACAUCUCAGAAAAACCUGUGUGGACCCAGGAGAGCUGUGGAAGAUGGAUAUGUCCCUCAGUGUUAUCCAGCAAAUCUACCCUAAACUCAAUGUCUACAUUGUGACAGAAGUUUUGGAGAUAACAGAGCCCUUUCUGAUUGAAGAGACUGUCCAGACAGGUGGCAAGGGAGAGGUCUCUGCAGCGGAUAUACUUAAGAUCCAGGGUCAGCACAAGACAAUGAAAAAUAAGUCCAUGCUAAUUCCUCGGGGUACGGUGAUGGCCUAUGGGGUUGAGAAACUCCAAACCUGUGAAGAAGACCUAGGUGAGUUUCAAUCAACGUUGGUUCCCUCACUCACUUAUGAUGUAUUCCAGAACGAACUGGGCUCUUCAAUCACAGAUGCCCAGCAAGUGAAAGAUGUAGUUAAGGAAGCGUAUGAGCCACUGAUAUGCCAGACCCAGCCUUUAAAGAAGCAUCUUUUGGAGUCCUUUGAGAUAUUCCUGGAGAAUGGAGACGUUUCCACUGUACAGUCCAUGCUGGAGCUUUCCAUGGCAGGUGACAAUCCUGAUUGUUCUAAGUUGGAUUCGUUGAAUGAAGAACUCCGAGUUCCAGUGGAAAUGCUGCUAUCCUACUUAGGGGCUUUUCAAGACACUAAAAUAGGAGAAAACCGAGACCUCUGGGGACCAAUACACUUCCUUUGCUCUUCUAUAGACGAUUUAGACUAUGAGAUGAUGCCCCUCUUAGAGAAAAUGUUGGAAAAGAAACAACUGGCCAAACCAGUGGAGAUGAUGGAAUACACCUUGGAGUGGGUUCUUUCUGGGGAAGAAGGCGGCACUUUCACUCUUCCAUCCCAUUCCCUGACGGAGGAGGAAGCUGAUCUCAUCUUUGAGAUGCUGCAAAUCUGUGGGCUGGAUUUAGAAGCUGGGGAAAAUUCCAUCACUUGUCAGUGGAACAAUGAUGCCUGCUCUGAACUGGCUGCUCUCUAUUCCAGCUUGUAUGCCCUGCAGUUCCUAAGUGGAUGA